UCGCGCGCCUCUCUUCCUGUUUGGGUGCCGCAGCUGGAAAAAAUGGCAGCUGACACAGGGAGAUAUAGGAGUGCAGUUAGCAAAAACAAGGACCCGUCUGGUCUUCUCAUAUCUGUCAUAAGGACUCUGUCCAGCAGCGAUGAUGUGCAGGACAGGGAGACGGAGAAGGGUCGUCUGGAAGAGGCCUUUGAGACAUGUGACAGGGAUCUAGAUCAGCAGAUUGUUCAGCAUUAUGCCGAGCUCACCACAGCCAUCAGGACCUACCAGAGCAUCACCGAGCGCAUCACCAGCUCCCGCAACAAGAUCAAACAGGUGAAAGAAAACCUCCUGUCUUGUAAGAUGCUGCUCCACUGCAAAAGGGACGAGCUGAGGAAGCUGUGGAUAGAGGGCAUUGAGCACAAGCACGUCCUCCAGCUGCUGGAUGAAAUCGAAAGCAUCAAGCAGGUGCCUCAACGGCUGGAGGCCUAUAUGGCAAGCAAGCACUACCUUCACGCCACAGAUAUGCUGGUGUCAGCCGUUGAGUCCUUGGAAGGCCCCCUGCUGCAGGUAGAGGGUCUUGGAGAUCUGCGCCUGGAGCUCCACAGCAAAAAGCUCAACAUCCACCUUGUACUCAUUGAUGAGCUGCACCGACACCUCUACAUCAAAUCCACAAGUCGACUGGGACUCAAGAACAAGGACAAAAAUGCUGCUCGCCUCCCAGGCUCCACGGGCAAAGACACGUCUCCAAUGCCUGUGUUGGAUGUCAGCAGCCUGUCUACCCCACGCAAACUCUUGGAAUCGUCACAGUUCAGCACACCUGGAUCCAGCAGUGUGCGUGAGCUGCAGCAGGACGCGCGGGAGUUGAGCCAAGCUGACCUUCCUGAGGUGGAUCCAGAAGAGAACAGUGCUGAGUUCAUGGGCAUCCUCAUUAAGGCUCUGGCCAAGUUGAAGAAAAUCCCAGAGACCAUCAAAGCCAUAAUGGAGCGACUGGAACCUGAGCUGAAACAGAUUGUCAAGAGGUCCACCACUCAGAUUGCUGACCACGCUUACCAGAGAGGAGAAAACCUGGCCCAGGAGAGCCAGCCAAGGCUGCUGCUGGAGCUGCUGGAGCUUCUGUUUGACAAGUUCAAGGCAGUGGCCCAGGCUCACAGCGUUGUGUUGGCCCACCUGCAGCAGAUCGCGGUGCAGGGUGGGGCCCACGAGGAGGGUAUAAAACUCUACGAGCAGGCGGACGUCUCAGCCAAGAUCCAGACAGUGCUGCAGGUUCUGCUUAUGGAGUAUCUGGAUGUGAAAAACAGCCGCAGUGCCACAGAGCCAUCGGCUCAACUCUCCUAUGCCAGCACUGGCAGUGAGUUUGCUGCCUUUUUUGCAAAGAAGAAACCACAGCGUGCCAAGCAGUCGCUUUUCAAGUUUGAAUCAUCUUCCCAUGCCAUCAGCAUGAGUGCCUACUUGAGGGAGCAGAGGCGAGAACUCUACAGCAAGAGCGGAGAAUUACAAGGUGGUGCUGAUGACAACCUGAUUGAAGGGGGAGAAAUGAAGUUUGUGUGCAAGCCAGGAGCGAGAAACAUCACUGUGAUCUUCCAGCCUCUUCUCAGGUUCAUUCAGGAGAUAGAGAUGAACAUGGGGCCAGGCCAGGCCAAGCAGUGCCAGCUCCGAGCCUUCCUCACUUACUACAUCAAUGACCUCUUCCUCAACCAGGUUCGAGCAGAGAUCAACAAGGAGAUCGAGGCAGUGAGUAAGGCAGCUGACCCGCUGAAGAUCCUUGCCAGCGCUGACACCAUGAAGGUGCUGGGAGUCCAGAGACCCCUGCUGCAGAGCACAGUGGUAGUGGAGAAGUCCAUCCAAGAUCUGAUGAGCCUCAUGCAAGACCUGAGUGCCUACUGCAACCAGUUCCUUGAGAUGGUGUGUGACAAGCUCAAAGAAUACAAGGAAAUCUGCAACACAGGCUACAGGGGUGUAGUCCAGUGUGAGGAGAAGCUCACCAUCAGCGCCUCCUGGUCUAAAGAUGAGGACAUUAGUCGUCUGCUGCAGUCCCUCCCUAACUGGGCAAACAUGGCCCAGCCCAGACAGACCCGACAGAAGAGAGAGGAUGAAGAGGACUUUACUCGGGCGGCUUUUGCAAAGGAGUCAGAGGUGCUGACUGGGAACCUCGGAGACAAGUUGAUCCCCCAGAAUGAGAUCCUGCGUGACGUCAGUGAUCUGAAGGCUCUGGCAAACCUUCAUGAGAGCAUGGAGUGGCUCGCUGGUCGGCUUAAGACGUUCUUCGCCAACCUGCCCCAGGCCUCUGGUGCAUCCCACUGCUCAGCAGACAGCCAGGUCAUCGGCGAGAGUGAACGGAGCAGGGAGCAGAUCCUCCAGACCCUAAGCGACCUGUCCAGGGGUUUCCAGGACAUUGCAGACCGCUGUCUCCUGGUAUUGCACCUGGAGGUCAGGGUGCAUUGUUUCCAUUACCUGAUCCCCCUCACUAAGCAAGGCAAUUAUGCCAUUGUGGCUAAUGUGGAGAGCAUGGACUAUGACCCGCUGGUGGUGAAACUAAACAAGGACGUCUCAGCCAUCGAGGAGGCCAUGGGGGCAGCCCUGCAGCAGCACAAAUUCCAGUACAUCUUUGAAGGGCUUGGCCAUCUGAUUUCCUGUAUUCUGAUCAACGGGGCUCAGUACUUUAAAAGGAUCAGUGAGUCUGGUAUUAAGAAGAUGUGCAGGAACAUCUUUGUCCUACAACAGAACCUCACCAACAUCACCAUGUCUAGGGAGGCUGAUCUCGACUUUGCCAGGCAGUACUACGAGAUGCUGUACAACACUGCAGAUGAGCUGCUGAAUCUGGUGGUGGACCAGGGUGUCCGCUACACGGAGCUGGAGUACAUCAACGCCCUGUCUUUGCUCCAUCGCAGCCAGACAGGUGUGGGGGACCUGAGCACCCAAAACAUCCGGCUGCAGCGGCUGAAGGAGAUCAUCUGCGAGCAGGCGGCCAUCAAACAGGCCACCAAGGACAAGAAGAUCACUACGGUGUAAAGAUAAAACAGGACAGGGUUUGGGGGGGGGUGGGGGGUCAGUUGCCUGGAAAUCACCAUCAUCUAUCCUGCACAUUUUGUGAUUCCACUCCUUCAGAUCCGUCUAGCAGGAGCAUGUGCAGUGGAUAAUUGGGUCAUAUAUGUGAGAGUAAGGACUGACAGAGGAAAAACUUGAGAAUUGGGUUAGAAAACACUGCAAUAAAGGCUUACUCUAGACAUAGAUCAUAAUGUGUGAAAUCCGUCGAUGGAGAGUGUGUCGUCUCCACUUUAUCUCGCCUGGUGUGAUAAAAGUCAUUGUAGUCACGACAGACUUGGCACAGAUUUCUUCCAAACUCUGGCCGUGUGUAUAUAUAUAUAUAUAUAUAUAUAUAUAUAUAAGCAUAUGCCGCACUGACUCACUCUAAUUGGGAAGCGAGGUGACAGCUAACACAACUGCAAACUUUGCAAGUCUAGUUCUCCAUGUAUCUAUGUCAUAAGGUAACCUGUAUUGUCAAUUUGCGCUUUUUAAAAAGACACGACAAAUGCAGCACUCGCACUCUGUCUCCGACACCCCCCCUCCUCCUCCCCAUGCUUGCUAUGACUCCUGUGCCAGAUAAAAGGCGAUUGUCUUGGACACUCUCCCAAACUUAGGCCCCAUCUCAUCUCAUUUUCCUAUUAGAUCUAAACUGCUGCUCUCAAUUACACCUCUAUCUCUCCUCUCCUGGCAGCCCCAUGGGCCCACUGAUUCUGUCUGCAAUAACAGAUGCCAGAUUAGACUGUCUGAAUGAGGCCACAUCUCCCGCCUGCUGCCAAUUUGGGUUGGUCCCGAAAGAUUUCCCUUGCUGAGAAUUGUAUCAUAUCUAUGGCUGUAAAAAAUCUGUUUAUCUGUCUUUUCCUUUAGAGUUUGUGCUGUAAACUCGUGCGGCUAGUGUGGAGAGUUGCGAGUUUAUUAAGUUUUUUUUUUUUUUUUUACAAAUUUGAAAAAAGAGACUGAAUAAUGAAGAUAUUUUCGCUGAUUUCAGUUUCAUCCAUCCCUGAAACAAGGUUUAUUUCUAUUAAAUUUCAAGUCAAGUGGAACGACUUUGCGUGUUGAGGAAUAUGUGUGGGAGUGCAUUUCAUCAGUCAUACAAGAUUCUGAUUCUUUUAAAGUGAACUAAACAUAUAAACUCAAGGGGCAAUCACAAAUCAUUCCCCUCCCUGCAACCCUCCGUGUUUUUUAGUUCAUUAAUUUGGGAGAGAAGUACUUAACGAGAGGAGGAGAGGGGGAGCGGGAACCUUGUCAAUACAGAGGGCCCAGCGCUGGUCUCCCCGAAGCCCACAGAGCAAUCCAUCAUAAUGACACAUAGGCUGGGAUCGAUGGGAAAACAACCGCGGAGCUGCUGAGGGGCUCGCCUACCACUCUGAAACGUACACUUGGUGUAAAAUCUAAAAUCUGCUCAUUCAGCUGUUCACUUCAGAGCUACUUUUGUAAUGUUAUACAUGGGGAACUUUAAUACAAUGUUAACCGACUGUGUCGUGAAACACAGAUACUAUUAAACUAUUAUCACACUGUGCACACAUAACCGAUAGAAGUCCCAAAGGCUUAUAUGUUGGGUACACUCUGGAAUGCUUUUUGUCGAUGAAUGAAAUAUGUCACAUGUAAUAAAGUUUCUGUUUUUACUUAGAGCCAAACCUUAGCUCAUCUGCUUUUUUUUAUUUCAUGUUUUUUCUUUACAGUGGACCUUUAUUUUGCACAUUGUUAGAUUGUGUCUCAAAGAUGAAUGUUUUGAAGUUGACAUGAAAAUAUGUCUGGCUUGAACGCGUUGAAACAGCCUCAUUAUUCCUCUGUCUGAUGUUGUUGGGUGUCAUCUUAUAAACGCUCGAUAAUUACUCAUAAUAAAGCACACAUGAUUUGUCAACGCAUACACUAAUAGACUGAAAAAAUAAAUCCUUCAAAUUCC